AUGGCUGAGGCAGAACCAUUCUUAGCAGAUGGCAAUCAGGAAUUAUUUCCCUGUGAAGUCUGUGGAAGACGCUUUGCAGCAGAUGUUCUGGAAAGGCAUGGACCAAUACGUAGAAAACUGUUCAACAAAAAGCGUAAACCUUUCAAUUCCUUAAAACAAAGAUUACAGGGCACUGACAUUCCCACUGUGUGGAAGGCUCCUCAAUCCAAGCCUUAAUCCAUGAGAAAAUCUAACUGGAGACAACAACAUGAAGACUUCAUUACUGCGAUUCGAUCAGCAAAGCAGUGUACACUAGCCAUUAAAGAAGGCCAGCCUCUCCCACCUCCACCCCCUCCGUCCAUCAACCUAGAUUAUAUUCGGUGUCCAUAUUGUAUGAGGAGAUUUAAUGAAACCGCAGCCACUCAACACAUUAAUUUCUGCAAGGAUCAGUCUUCUCGCCGAGUCUUUUAUCCAGCCCAGACAGCAGCCAAAUUGGCAACCAGGGCACAGGGUAGGGUUCAGAUGAGUCCAAAAGGAGGAACGACUGUAACCAGUGCUGUGGGAGCUCUGCUGCAGAACAGGGCCCUGGAGGCCAGUGUGGUCCCAACCAGGCCAGGAUUAGCAGUGGACCCUGCUUCUGGAGCAAAACUCAGACAAGGAUUUACUAAACCUAAAAAAAGAUUAACUCCUAGAGGCCAGACUGGCUCCCUAAAAGUCCUCAGCCUGGAUGGCUGUGUACCCAGGAAAGCCACCUAAGGGGAAGGAUGGGGAGGCAUCUGUUUACAUGCCCAUGAUUUCUCUUGAGACAUCAUGUAGAACAAGUAAAAACUAGCUUCAAAUUUUCUUAUCUACUCCCUUCAAAAUUUUCCCCCCAAAUCGUUAAACAACACAUCAACCUGUAUGAUAAUGCUUGAUUUAAAGAUUCAUUUGAAGCUUUUUUUUUUAAGUGGACAUUUAAUAAGCUUUUAAAGAAAAUGUUGCUUUGAUAUUAGAAACUUUUAGUGAAACAGUCUUCGGUGUACUAACACUAUUGCUUUCUAGGAAAAUCAUUUUUUACCUAACUUUAUUCUAUAUAAUAGCUGUGAAAUGUCAGCUUUGUUAUUUGCUUCUAAUGAACAUUAAACUAUAAUUAGUAACCAUUCCUAUUUUAAAUGUCCAUCUGUAUACCAUGUAUAAUUGUCUCACACCAGUGUACACAGUUGAUUUUGGGGGAACACUACAGUGGAAGGAACAGGUUACAGUAACCUUCCCACCCUGUGGAGAGGAUGCUCUAAGUGGCCUCAGGCCAUUUAUUUAUCAUGGCCAACUUGGAAGUCAACUGUUCAUUUCACCAUUGGUUUAUGUAGCUCUGUUGGGAGGUGGUGUCCCAACUAUUUUUUUCCCUUGGUCAUCUUAAGGGUUAGUAAACUCUUUUUGUAGAGUCAUUUAUACUUAACUCUUGCUUUUUAAUCUAAGAAUUUUUUAUCUUUUAUUAAACUCAGGGAAUUUUAUUUAGGAGUAAGCCAUCUUUUUCUAAUUAGGAGAAUACCGACCUACUCCCACCUGUGGUACAGCAAACAUGACAUCUGAAAGUCUUACAAUCUGUAUUUUGGGAACUAAAUGCUAUGUUUUAUGCUCAGGUAAAUCAGGUAUGUGUUCUGGAAUUGACUGAAGACUCGUAAGCCACAUAAAAGUAUUUAUGGAACCUUCUGUAAAUGGAAUUUGGGAAGCUUGAGCUGAGGGGAGCUGCCACUCUACCGCUCUCCGCUUGCUCUGAGAGACUGCCUUCCCUUGGAGAGGUAAGUGGAUUUGUGAACUGAGACAUCCCAGAGCAGUAGAUUCCUACUGACGAGGUAACCUGUGUCCCUCUGUCUCAUUUUCUUCCCCGCAAGUGAAACCGUAGUUUAAGGACCCACCAUGUCAGUUCCACACAUGCAACAGCCCGGCCCCAGGUAGCUUAUCUACAAUGCCUCCCACCCUUUAUGGUCAUCAGUAUCACCUUUAAGGACUGUGAACCAGUUUCUCACAUUUGGCUAAUAUGCUGCUUUAAUGGGCGAACGAACUCAAGGUUUCCCUUUCUCUACCCACCCCCACCCUAUUUCGAGGUAAAACAAGCAAAAAUAAACAGUAUUAUGGGGGAAUACUUUCUGAAGAAAUCCCAAUAUGAAAUAAUUUCUAAUUUGUCCUAGAAAUUAAUAGUAAACACGAUUGUAAAACGGGAUCAUGGUAGCCUAGCCUAGACAAAACUUUAGUAGCUAGUAUUCUGACCUUAUAUAUCAGAAAUAAAUUACAUAGCAUUCUGGAAGGAUUCAGAAUGUUAUACAGUAAUUUUUAGAAAUAAGUUCUUAGCACUGUGAAUUUAAUGAAGCAUAUAAGCUCGUACCUUAAAUCAUAAUUAUUUUACUCAAAAAAAAGAAGGGGGGGUUAGUUUCUAAAAGAUGCUGACUAGAGGUCAGAAUAGUAGUUUCUGUAGGGGAUGUAAUGGCCAGGAGGGGGCAUGAGGGAGCCGGCCAAGGAACUGGAACUGUUUUCUAUCUCAGUGUGGAUAGUUCCGCGGUGUGGUUGUAUAUAAAAAUUAAUCGAGCCACGUG